ACGAUGCCUCCCCGAAUACCGUUUUCCAGCGCUUCGCUGUGCUGCAGAGCGGCUCUCAGCACUCCCGCGACCUCAUUGACCGCCUGUCUCGCCCGGCUCACCCUCCAGCAAGCCCGCAAUGCCUCGAUCCUAGGCAGCUUGGCCAACAACCCCGGCGCUGUGCAGAAGAAGAAGAGAGUUGGUCGCGGUCCCUCUUCAGGCCAUGGAAAGACUUCCGGACGAGGUCACAAGGGUCAGGGACAGCACGGCAAGGUGAAGCCCUGGUUCCAGGGUGGUCAGACGCCGUUGAUUGUGAAGCACGGCAGAAAGGGCUUCGACAACUUCCGAGCCCCUAAGAUCUCCGAAGUGAACCUGGACCAGAUCCAGAACUGGAUCGACCAAGGCCGACUCGACCCCACGAAACAAAUCACGCCAAAGGAGCUGAUCGAAAGCAAGCUGAUUGGCAGCGUCAAGGAUGGCGUAAAGAUCCUCUCUAGAGGUGGCGAGAGCCUCAAGCAGCCCAUCAACGUCAUGGUUUCAAGGGUCUCAGCAGGAGCAAUCACCGCCAUCGAAGCCGCCGGAGGCAAGGUCCUCACCAGAUACUACACGAAACUGGCCAUUCAGCGACUCUUGACAGGCGAGUCAGUCAAUACAGACAAGCCCCUACCCGUCGGCCCAGAGCACGUAGAGGCAAUCCUAGCAGAGGCGAGAAAAGGCCCAUUCCGAUACAGACUGCCCGACCCUACGAGCCGUGCCGACAUCGAGUACUACCGAGACCCAGCGCAUAGAGGAUACCUGAGCCACCAGAUCGCUCCAGGCCAGUCGCCCAGUUUGUACUUUAAGGUGCCUGGUGUGCAGAAGACCAUAGACAUUGGCCAUGUUCUUGUCUUGUCACCUUGCUAUGAACAGAAAUUCCAACGUCUAAUGCCAAAACUUGCAUUUUUUUUAUCCCCAGAUAUAGCACUAUUAUCGCCCUCCAGCCUCCUAGCGCCGCCAUUACGAGUUCGACAACCGCUAGGCCGACUUGAUACUGCGACUGACAACCAACCUCGCCUCCUCCAGACUCUUCGCAUCAACCCCGCGGCCACAACCGAUUCUCGCCUCUCUCUCGUCGUCUCUGCGUCCAUGUCACUCUUUGGGGAUGAGCCCACCGACAAUGGGCCAGCUUUGGGCUCGUCGCCUCGUCGCGGAGGAGCCAGAUCAAGCGGUCUUUUCGACGACGAGCCAGCGUCCGGCCGCAAUUCGUCCAGCCUCUUUGACGACGGCAGCGGCGCCUCGUCGCCCUGGGACAUGCCCACGCCGCGCAAGCAGCAGAGCCGAGCCGAGCUGAUCCGCAACCUGCUGCCGGCCUCGGACGUGCCCGAGAGCUAUAUCGAGACAUUCGAUGCCGUGGUGCGCGAGGACGGCCACGACGGCCAGGUCACAGCUUCAGGCAUUGCCAAGCUGUUUGCUGUGGCCCGGCUCGACGCCGAUUCCCAGGCGCGCAUCAUGUCGCUCGUGGCUCCAGGAGGAUCCGACGUUUCGUUGUCGCGCAACGAGUUCAACGUGGUUCUAGCUCUCAUUGGCUUGGCGCAAGAAGGCGACAUCAUCAGCCUUGACGGAGUGGAUGAGCGGCGAAAAAACAUCCCUCGACCCAAGCUGCCUGGACUGACCGCCGAACCGAUUAUGCCUCCUCUUGCUGAGCUUGCCGCAAAACCGCCUCAGGUCCCGUCCAAGCAUGAGCCCGAGCCCGAGCACUACAACCCCGAGCCUCAACCCCAGCCACAGCCUCAGCUUUACCCAGAACCUCAGCCUGAGCCUGAGCAUUCACAGCCCCCUGCAAGCAUCCUAAGCAGAUCGACCAUGGUUGACCCCGACGACGAUCCGUGGAACACGCCGGAUAUGCACAAGGGCCAUGCUCAUGCUCACCAAAACGGACCGGAGCAUCACGAUCCCCCCAUCAAUGGACACAACCACGGCUUCAACCAGGAUGUUCCUCCAUCGUUUGAGCCGCGCCCCACGAACCAUUACAGUGCUCCGCCAGAGCCAAUUCGCCCUUCAAAUCGUCCACGACAAAUCUCGAGCAGCUCUUUGUCCGGUCAAGGUGGAUGGGGAGCUGGAUUCUACGGCAGCUCGCCCGCUGGGGGCGGCUUCACCGAUGUAGCCCAACCGCAACCUCAGGCGCCCAUCCCCAACAUCUUUGGAGCGGACGGCGCUGGUCAGAUUGGAGUUAUCGCCCCGCCUCCCGCUGCUGCUCCGUCCCGGAGCUUGGGCGGCCGCGUCGGAAACAGCGCGGAGGAAAUCGUCGUUGUCACUCUAAUGCCCGGCAAGGAGGGUAUAUUCAUGUUCCAGCACCACAACUAUGAAGUUACUAGCCAGAGGCGUGGGAGCAAGGUUGUUCGACGGUAUAGCGACUUUGUCUGGCUGUUAGACUGCCUGCACAAGAGGUAUCCGUUCAGGAUGCUGCCAUUGUUGCCGCCCAAACGGGUAGCCGUGAAUGGAAACCACCUAUCCAACGACGGCGCCUUUAUCGAAAAAAGACGACGAGGUUUGGGUAGGUUCCUAAAUGCCAUUGUACGGCACCCAGUAUUGAGCCUGGAGCAGCUAGUCAUUAUGUUCUUGACUGUCCCUACAGAACUUGCCGUGUGGCGGAAGCAAGCAACUAUCUCUGUUCAAGAUGAAUUCACGGAUCGAGCACUCCCCCCUGGCCUGGAAGAUUCGCUGCCGCCAACUCUUGAGGACCUCUUUAUUCGUACACGCAACGGAGUUCGCCGAUCUGCCGAGCUAUACAUCAACUCGUGCAACAUCAUGGACCGUCUCGUCAAGCGAACAGAGGGCGUUGCCGCUGAUCAUGCGCGGGUUGCUCUGUCGCUCAUUUCGCUCACCGAAGUCUCUGCGGAUACCUAUGCUACCGACACGAGCGAGAUUCCGCUGCUCAACGACGGCUUGACGGCCAUGAGCAAGCAUCUACGGACCUGCCAAAGCUUACUCGAAGACGAGAGCCGAGGCUGGGAUGAGGGUGUGCUGGAGGAUUUGAAGCGGCAGCGUGAUGCCCUGGUUAGCCUUCGCGAGCUGUUUGACCGAAGGGAGCGACUGGACAAGGACAACAUUCCAUACUUGGAGAGGAGAAUACAGGCCAACGAGACUAAGCUGGCCAACCUGCGAUCCAAGCCAGAGGGCCUGGUCAAGCCGGGUGAGAUUGAAAAGGUGGCAGAAUCCAUUAUCAAGGACAAGGAGUCUAUCGUGCAGCAGCACAACCGCUCCAUCUUUGUCAAGGAAUGUCUGCGAGACGAGCUCAUCGCCUUCCAGUCGACGCAAUACCAUGUCAGCAGGUGGAAUCAGGACUGGGCUGGCGAGCGCGUCAAGUAUGCGGAGAUGCUGGCCGACAAUUGGCGGCGCCUGUUGGAUGCUCUAGAGGGCAUGCCGCUGGGUGAUUAA